AUGUCAAACGGCAGCAAAAGUCUCAAACGAAAGUAUGAAAAAAUCUCGGCGACAAGCUCGAUUAUGGACAAGUAUCGAGAUUUAGAUCAAAAUGGAUUGGUUCAGGUAAAAUAUAUUUGGAUCGACGGAACAGGAGAGUUUCUCCGGUGCAAAUCGAAGACUUUCGACUUUGAGCCGACAAGCCCGGAUCAGUUACCGAUUUGGAAUUUCGACGGAACGUCGACUGGUCAAGCGACCGGUGAUGAAAGUGACGUUUUCAUUCGACCCAUCGCUUUGUUCAGGGACCCUUUCCGACCAGGACCCAACAAGCUUGUGCUCUGUGAGACACUCGAUCGACAGUAUGAGCCAACACCAACAAACAAUCGCCGUAAAUGUCUCGAGUACAUGGAAAAGGCGAAGGAUCAAGUUCCGUGGUUCGGUCUCGAGCAAGAGUACACUCUACUCGAUUUGGACAGACACCCAUAUGGAUGGCCAAAAUUGGGAUAUCCUGCUCCACAAGGACCCUACUACUGUGGUGUUGGAGCGGAUAAAGUGUAUGGACGAGAAGUGGUUGAGGCACACUACAGAGCUUGCAUGUACGCUGGAAUCCGAAUCUCUGGAACAAAUGCUGAGACAAUGCCAGCCCAGUGGGAAUUCCAAGUUGGACCCUGUGAAGGAAUUGAGGCCGGCGAUCAACUAAUUGUUGCAAGAUUCAUCCUUCAUCGAGUUUGUGAGGACUUCGGUGUGGUGGCGACAUUGGAUCCAAAGCCGAUUCUCGGAGAUUGGAAUGGAGCUGGAUGUCACUGCAACUUCAGCACCAAAGAGAUGAGAGAGCCUGGGGGUUAUAAUGCAAUCGAGAAAGCGAUUCUGAAGCUCUCGGAGGUCCACCAUCAACACAUUGCUUACUACGAUCCACACGGAGGACGGGAUAAUGAAAGAAGACUAACAGGAGCACAUGAAACCGAAACGAUCGACGCUUUCUCGUAUGGAGUGGCAAAUCGGGGAUGCUCGGUUCGGAUACCCAAGCAGACAUUCGAUGAUCAAUGUGGUUACUUUGAGGAUCGUCGUCCUUCAUCCAAUUGUGAUCCUUACAAUGUAACAGCGGCUCUCGUCAAAACCUGCUGCCUCAAAGGAGAAGAUCGAAAGCUUUCAUUGACUUAUGUGCCAAAUUUC